UCACAAUUGCCGGCUUCAACCGCUGCAAAUUCAACAUCUAUUGACAUCACUAAUAAUGCGGAUCUUUCUUUUCGAUCUAGGAAGCCUCGGUUGCCAAAUUUGGAAAUUGAUCGUUUUCAUGAGUCGUUUUUGGAAAAGAGGUGCAGGAUGAUGGAAAACUUGGAUCAAGCCUUGGCAACUCAAACACCAGGCCAGCAGAAAAUGCUGAAAGCCUUGAGGUGCUAACACCGGCGCGUUUCCUGAAGGGUUCCAGCUACACUAAGUUUCCUGAGCCUGGCAUUAUUCAUCUCCGCGAAGACCGCCUCAGCAGAUGGCAGCGGGUUACCCAGAUGCAGCAACAUUUCUGGAAAAGGUGGAGCAGCGAGUAUUUGUCCCUACUUCAAGAGAGGAGCAAGUGGCGCUUCGAAACGUCUAACAUCAAGGUUGGACGCAUAGUUUUGCUGAAGGAGGACAACGUUCCACCCUUGAGUUGGCAGCUUGGGUGCAUCCAGGAAGUCAUACCCGGCGGGGACGGAGUCAUCAGAGUAGCUAUGGUCCGCACAGCUAUGGGUCUGAUCAAGAGAGCCGUCGCCAAGCUAGCCGUUCUGCCCAUCGAUUCCGAGAUAGUUGGAACCUUACCUCUUCCAACGGGGGGAGUAUGUUCGGAGCAGAUCGCCAGCGCCUAGUCAUGCGCGCAUAGGUGUACGACGGCACCU